AUGGCACCAAUUAUACCAGCACAAAAGGCUGCAGCCGCUGCGGUGACAGAUGCGGCUGCCAGCAGCAGCGGCGGCGGUGGUUGGCAGGCGCCCUAUGUAAACGUCUUCCGACUCUGCGGCGUCGAGGUCGCUGGCGCACCUGUGGCGGAAGCCCCCACUGCCACCCCCGCCGCCAAGCCCGGCGCGGACCAGCGGCACGGCGCACCGGAGGGCGGCCCGGCGAAGCUGGGCUACGAGAAGUCGGGCUGCGUGCGCGAGAAGAUGGACGCCAAAAUCGGCAAGCGCGUGCUGCGCAUCACCGGUACCAUACCCGCAGUCAACUACAUCAAGCUGCCAAAGGCCAAGAACAUGUGCCUCACCGGGCGGUUUUGCUACCUGCAGGUUAAGCUUGAGCCGCCGCACCUGUUCAGCUUCCACUUUGAGUUUAGCACCGCGGAUGGCAAUACGGCGCGCGUUUCGAUGGGUAACAUCCUAAAGGAUGCGGCAACAGUUGGCAAGCGCAAGAACGGGACGCUGUCGCUGUCGAUGGGCGGCACUGCGGGCCGCUGGACGCUGCUUUGCGUCGACCUGGCGGCGGCGGCGCGUGCUGCGGGCGGCGCCGGCUACGUCGCGCUGCGGUCGUUGCAGCUGUGCGCGACGAUGAGCGUGCGGGGUGUGUUCACCUCCGACAUCAAGUUUGGCAUCAAGUCCCUGCCCCGCGACAUGGUGAUGUCACACGCACUGGAGGCCUCCGCUUUCGACACGCUGUGGCUGCCGGCGGAGCCCGCAGACUUGAGCGAGGCGCCCGUGCUCGUCACACCGGUCAGGCGCAGCAGCGCGUACGCCGCAGCGAUGGGCCUGAUGGCGGCGGCGCCGCCGGCGCCGGCGGACGGCAGCCCUUGCAGCGGCGCGGCGGUCGUGCGGGAGCCCUCGUCACGCAGCAUACGAGGGGGCAAGCGAGCAGCAGGCACGGGAGCGGCAGCGGCAGCCACAGGCGCGCGGCUGGCUGCCUGCAACCCUGCUGCAGCCGGGGCCGAGCCGUUGAACGGGGCGGCAGCCUGCGCGGCUUGGGAAUUGGAGGCAGAAGAGUCCCACAAGGCAAACGAGGCGGAGGUCGAGGGUGUUCCAUUCAUGCAGUUGGAGCGGGUCAUUGGAUACACUGGGGAGUUCACGGGCACGCUGCUGUGGUCUCAAUCCACCGACGAAAUCGUGUUCACGGCCGCAUCCCUCAUCGUGGCCAUGCCCGCGAGCGGCGGUGCCACCACGCCUGGCAGCCCCAGGGCCGGCGCCAGCAGCAGCCCCGGCAAGCGCCGUGCGCGGCGCGGCGACCCCAGCCCAGAGGACGACACGGCGUGGGGCAGCGAUUCGGGCGGCUGGGCCGCGGGCACGGACGCGGGCGGCGCGGCGCGGCAGCAGCGGCGGCAGCGGCUAUUUGUCGGCCACACGGCUUAUGUGGUGUGCCUGGCGCUCGGCGGGGACGGGCGGCUGCUGGCGAGCGGCCAGGAGGGGCGGCAGCCUGUGGUGCGGCUGUGGGACUUUGGGAGCGGCGAGUGCCUCGCCAUACUCUGCGCCCACUCUGCGCACCUGACUGCGCUCGACAUGUCGCCCGACGGGGGGGCGCUGCUGGGGGUGGGGCAGGACGGCCACGCCCGGCAGCUGAUGGCACUGUGGGACGUUGGCGGCGUGUCGAGGGACGAACAAGUGGCGCCGCUGCUGGCCAAGUGCGUGACAGACUACAAUGUCCGCGCCGCCUCCUUCUGCCCCUUUGAGCCGGACGCAUUCAUGACCGCCGGCCGCGACAGCAUACGCUGCUGGCGCCUCGCCAAGGGCGGCCGCGUGCGCGGCAUGAGCGUGCGGCGCACCGGCGGCGCGGGGCCGCUCGGCCGCGCGGGCGGUGGCGGGGCGGAGGCGGUGAUCGGCGGGACGGCCGCGCCCGGGGCCGCGGCGGGGCCGAAUAUAUUCACGGCCAUCGCGUACGAGUGCGGGCCCGCGGCGGCGCAGGUCGCGCGGCGCUACGCUUUUGUUGCGAGCGCGGCGGGUACCGUGUUUCAAGUUGACUACGACAGGUGA